GCUUCCCACUCCUCGCUGCGCUGUUUGGAUUCCACUUCGCCUCCUCCCUCGACGCCCACGCGGCCACGCCUCCAGCUCCAGGGCUCCAUCACCUCUCCCAAGUCCCAACCUCCCCAUGGCGGCGCUGGGCGCCGCGACCACCCCUGCAGCAGCCCCCGCGGCGCCGCGCGGCAACAACCGGCACCCGCGGCACCGCGUCGCGGCGCCGGCGCGCCGUAGCCGGGGCGGCGCCCCGGCGAGGAGGCUCGAACUGCACGCGAGCGUCUCACCCGCCGUCACGGCCGACGCGCCCGACGAGGCGGCCGCGGAACCUCUGGUCGAACCGGCGCCGGAGACGAAGCUGAGCAAGCUGGCGUGUCCAAUCUGCUACUACCCCUUCGUGAGCGCGAGCGAUCCGUCAGGAGAUGCUUCGAGCCUCGAGUGUUCUACCUGCAAAAAAGUCUACCCCAAUAAGCAGGAUUACUGGGACCUUACAGUGGCAGUUGGUUCGACCGAGUACUCGGAGUCCAAACCGGCAGCAACGGAAAUAUUCAGGACUCCACUGGUAUCAUUUCUUUAUGAGAGAGGAUGGCGCCAAAAUUUCAUAUGGGGUGGUUUUCCGGGCCUAGAAAGAGAGUUUGAAAUGGCAAAAACUUAUUUGAACCCAACAAUUGGAGGGACUAUUGUUGAUGCAAGUUGUGGAAGUGGCCUGUUUUCAAGAUUAUUUGUUAAGAGCGGACUAUAUUCACUUGUUGUGGCACUAGAUUUCUCGGAGAAUAUGUUGAAGCAGUGCAAUGAAUAUGUCAAGCAGGAAAAUAUUUCAGAUGAGAGAUUAGCAUUGGUGAGGGCUGACAUAUCCAGGCUCCCUUUUGUGAAUGGCUCAAUUGAUGCUGUGCAUGCAGGUGCUGCAAUUCAUUGUUGGCCAUCCCCAGCUUGUGCUGUUGCAGAAAUUAGUAGAGUCCUUCGCUCAGGGGGAAUUUUUGUUGCUUCUACAUUCGUAGCAGAUGUUAUUCCGCCAGCUAUUCCGAUAUUGAGGAUCGCACGCCCGUACAUUAGCCAAAUUGGUGGCAAUAAUACCUUCUUAUCCGAAGUGGAGCUUGAAGAUCUGUGCAAAGCAUGUGGGCUGGUUGAUUUCAAAUUUGUCAGAAGUGGAUUUUAUAUAAUGUUCUCUGCUACUAAAGCAAGCUAAUUGAAGAGCUGCAAUCAUCCAGAAGUUUAUAACGAGACUCAGUUUAUACUUCAAAAAUGUCUUAUAAUUGUGAUUGGUGGACUAUACUGAUAGUUAUCAUCGAUGUGGUCAUGAUAAAUAUUGCAAUUUGUUGCUACAGGUUUCUUUCUGCUCAUGGGAUCCUUUGCUCUUAGGGCUGCUAGUUUUGCUCAAGGGGCGUGUCAUGUGAAUUGUGAAUACACAUGUUUUACUUGAGUGACCUCAUUAUGGAAUAGAAUAUAUCAAUUCUUUGUAUAUAGCCGGAGACAUCUUGCAAUUAUGUAAUCCAUCAACUUCUCUACUGUUCAUAUAUGUGGUUACC